AGCGCGACGGGACGACUUUAAGCAUCCGACCGGUGUGGCACGGUAGUCACGGUCCCGUCGUCGUCGAGUCGUUCCCUGUUUCGGCCGAUUAAAGUAUUUCGCAUAUAGUGGCUUAUCAACGCUGCAAUGCCGUUGUACUGAUAACGCGCGCCCAAACCGUACGUACCAUGUUUCCGUAACAGUGCCGUGGUUAUCGCGCCACCGACAGCAACACCCGAGCUGGGAUACACGACAACUCGGACCGGCAGCUUCCGUGAGUACAGAAUAUCUAAUUCUAGUCAAUAACGGACGUAUUCUGAUGAGCUGCGUACCACUGCCGCACGACAAGAUAGACUUCGGGCAGACCUCUUGAAGUGCAGUCGUUUUCGGGAUCGCCAUUAGUAAGCCGGUCAUUGAUGCCGGGCACCUGUGAACUUCCCCAGCUAUACGUUUAUUUACACUCACACUUAUUGAUCGGAUUCCCGAAGUCAUGCGAAUGGUAUAGCGGUUGGAGAUCCAACUUCAUUUUGGACUCUAAGGGUUGGCUGAGACGUUGGUCGAAAACCUUUACCAGCCGCCAGUAAACGGGAACAGGGAACCCGGCCAAGGUUGAAGAACAACGCAUUUGGAUAGCCGCGCAAGAGAUGGAACGAAACAGACAGCGGCGGCAGCAGCAAUAGAGCGCGCGUGUUGUGGCGUCCGCGAGACACCGUCUGUUUGAUGGAAGUGAUAACUAUAGUGGACGACGAGGAGUGCCACCGCCGGUCGUCAUGGACGAAGGACGAGGAGUGCGACGACUAUUUGGGAGAACUUUUGAGCAAGUUGUCGCGGGAAAAGGAACGGGACUUUGUGCCGUGCAAACGGGUGUCGCUACAAGUGGAAACCGUGCCGUACGGAAUAGUCAGCAACCGGGACGAGGACGAAGAAGACAACGAAGACGACCGGAAGCCGAAGAUGCCGGACGGCGGCUGGGGCUGGAUGGUCGUGUUUGCUUCACUGAUGAUAUGCUUGAUAUCGGACGGCAUAAGCUUCUCAUUCGGGAUGCUGUACAUCGAGUUCCUCAAGGAGUUCCAGGAGAGCAAGUCGAAGACCGCGUGGAUCGGUAGCCUGUUUAUGGCCGUUCCGCUGUUGCUGGGCCCCGUCGGUAGCGCGUUGGUCGACAAAUUCGGCUGCCGGAAGAUGACAAUUGUCGGCGGCAUCGUGUCCGGCGUCGGGUUCAUCAUCUCCUCGUUCGCCGACUCCAUCGAAAUGGUGUUUUUCACGUUCGGUUUUCUGUCUGGGCUUGGUCUGUGCCUAUGCUACGUCACCGCCGUGGUCAGUAUUGCUUACUGGUUCGAUAAAAAGCGCACGCUGGCCACCGGGCUGGGUGCGUGUGGCACCGGUAUCGGCACGCUGUUAUACGCUCCAUUGACGCAAUAUUCUAUCGAAGAGUACGGGUGGCGCGGCACCGUGUUGUUGCUGGCUGGCACGUUUUUCAACUUUUGCGUGUGCGGCGCUCUGAUGCGCGAUCCCGACUGGCUGAUCGCCGAACAGAAGAAGCCAGUGAACGUGUCCAAACCCUGGACGGUAACCGAGGAAUCCAUUGUCGACCACUUGGCCUUGAGAGACGACGAAUCGUCAGCAAAAGACACUGACCGGCAGUAUCCGAACGUGGAACAGUUCAGACGGUUGGUAAAAGAAGCGCAGACGGCUGAGUACAAACUGACCGGAGUCUCCACUACUGUCCGGCGGCCAUCCAACAUCGAUCCAGUGUAUUCGGGUGGCGCCAAUAAUGGGUUUAGAUCGGUUAUAAACCUACCCACCUACAUCAAACAUAACGAAAAGGUGCCGUUCGAGGUGCUAGAAUCUCUGAGUUACAACAAGCGGUUGUUCAACGUGAUAUUGGAAAACUACCCCAAUUUGUUGAAUUGUCGGAGCAACAGCGUUAAUCACCUGAACCGGUCAUCCCCUAUGGAUCAAGAAGGCAAUCGACCGUCGACUUUCAAGAACGACCAACAGUCAGGCACGCCUCCCUUGGUGAUGACCAUGAAACUGAAACAGUCAAAGAAGAACAACGCAAUGGGUUCUGGAGGCAUCGUGCCAUUAGAGUCGCAAAUGACUUAUCCACAGCUGGAAUACACGGCCGACAAUAGCCCCGACAGACCGCCCAAACCGACGUUGAAGAGACAGUUUAGUAGCGUUCAGUCCAACUGGUUGAAGAGUUUGCCAUAUCACAGGAGCUCAGUAAUGUAUAAAGGGGCUAUAUUGCACAUUCAGAAAAAUUCCAAAAAAGCGUCUUCGUGCCCGGACAUUUAUAACAAUUCAACGUUGACGGUCGCCAGCGAACCAAACUCGAUUUUACGCAGGUAUAGUUAUGCCAAAGUAAUUAAUCACGUGUCGAAUAAACGUGAAAUUAACGUGCGCCGGGUUAGGCGGAAAAGAUCUUAUUUUCAGCCAAAAUCGUUGAAAAAGGAAUGGUACGCCGAAGUAAAAGAGCUAUUGAGUGGGAUCCUGGACUUCAGCAUGUUUUUGGAACUUCAUUUCCUGUUACUUUCUUUGUCCACCAUACUUCUCUUCACAUGGUUCAUCGUGCCCUACUUUUAUCUUACCGAUUUCGUCAUGGCCAAAGGAUUGUCUGAUACUCAAGCAUCCACAAUUAUCAGCACUAUUGGAGCUACGAACACCGUUGGGAUGAUUUUGCUUGGUUGGGCCGGAGACUAUCCAUGGAUGAACGUGACCAAAGUGUACGCUAUAUGUUUGGUCGGUUGUGGAGUUUGCUGUGCUAUUAUGCCAUUGUUUAUCAAGAGUUUCUGGUCACUCAUAGUCAUUGGUGGCAUAUUUGGCCUGUUCUUCGCUUCCAACUUUUCGUUCACUCCGGCCAUCCUCGGCGAACUCAUACCGUUGGAUAGGUUUACAACAGCCUACGGACUGAUGUUGCUGUGCCAAGGAAUCGGCAACCUCCUAGGUCCACCGUUAGCAGGAUGGGUUUCGGACGUGACCGGAGUUUGGGAUUUUUCAUUCUACUUGGCUGGUCUGUGGAUACUCGUGUCGGGCAUACUGGUCGGCCUUAUUCCUUACACAAAGAACCGUAUUUUGUGGGGUAAAGGACACCUGGAAACCGAUCGAGAAAGCAUCAGAUCAUAAAUAAAUAAUAGAUAAAAACACAAUACUAUAAAGAGAAGGAUAUUAUAGAAUACAACAUAACUAAAUUGAAAGUAGCAGAGACUACACGGAUUCUAUCUGAUUGAUUCUGACUGAAUUGUUCUAUAUGAUAGAUAGAACAAUUUAUUCCUCAAUAAAUCUUGUGAUACAAUUACGAUAGAUAUUGUUACCUGUACCUGAGCAACUAUCGAAUGCGAUAAUACUCUGUUGUAUGUAAUUAUGAUGUUAAUUUGCAACAGUAUAUUUUAAUAUAACUGCAACUACCACCAUCGACUUACUCUAUGUACUCUAGCUUCGGUGUUCAUAAUUAAAAUAAUUUUUCGUCGAUUUUUUUUUAAAUAGUUAAUUUUAAUUCGUUUUUAAUGUUAAUUGUUUUUUCUUAGUACUAAAACAUUUUCCUAUUUCAAUUUAAAAUUAAUUGAUGAUAGUUUAAUCGUUGUUUUUCUGUUUAUUAAGUGCUAAAUAUCUUUCUUAAAUUUAUUUUUAAAUUUACCGUUAAAAUAAUAUAUUGUUAUUGACUUUGUCAGUGGUCAGAAAAAUACAUUAUAAGAUGACCAAACAUGAAAUCAUUAGAUUAAUUUAUUAGACCGUAUAGGUGUAUAAUAUUAUAUACGACGUAAUUUGGUCAGAACGAAAUUAAGUUGAUCGUUUUAAAACAAUAAUUGUGAUGUGUUAUGUUUAUUUAGUGUUGUAAUUAUUUAUUUAUGUUGAUCUUGUUCAAUGUUGUACUUUUUAUUAUUCUCAUGUUACCCACUAGUAUUAACAAUUAUAUCAAGAUACCUACCAAAUGUUGUAAGUACCUAUUGUUAUAGAUCAUAAAAAAGGUACUCCACAACUCGUAUACUACAACUUAUAGUUUACUUAUUCAGUAAAUGGUAACUCUUAACCAAUAACAGUAAUUAUUAUUUAUUAUUGGACAGUUUUCACGCUCUUCCAAGACACAAGUUAAUCCUCAAUAUUAUUGAUUCUCACAUCAUGAAAUUAAUUUAGGUAUUAUUUUUAACGCCUUUGGUAUAGUAACCGCAUUUAAGAGGUUUUAGAUUAUGAGACAAUCAUGUCUAGAUUAUUUGUUAUCCAAAAAUGUUGUUAGUGUUUUAUAAUUAUUGUCUUUUUCAAACAGUCAUAUAAAUGCUUUACGAAAUUUUAAGAAAACCAAACACCGUUGACAUAAUAUGAUGCGGUGGACCAAGCAAUAUUUUAGUAUUUAAGAGAAUUUUUUUUGUAUAAAACGCAAUCAGUUUAAUUGGGAGUCUAUGUUUUAAGGUAACUGUUGGUUCGUUUCGUCUAUAUAACUAUUUAUUAUUAUUAUUAUUUGGCUCAAGUAUAAUAUUGUAACUCAAUGAUCUUCCAUUUUUGUUAUAUUAUUUGUCUGUUGGUUCUCUAAAUUGAACAAUAAAUAUACGCAUGUACUGACUAUACUGGACGUAGUUGUUACAUAUAGAUAUAUUUAUUAAACAAAUAUUUAAUGUUAGAACGUAAUUUUUAAAUUAUUAUGUAAUGAGUGCGACAUUGUCUGUUAUUUAAACAUUUUAUCACUAUUA